AAGGAGAAGCAAUCAAUUUAUAUGAAUCAUCCGAACUAGAGAGUGUUUAUUGCAUGCUUUAGUUCUUAUUUUUGCUCCUAAGAAACUUCGUAUUGAUAGUGAAUAAAAGGGAACUAAGUAAGAACUAUCAACAACAUGGAUAAGGAUGAAGCGAAAAGGGCAUUGGAUAUUGCUGAGAAGAAACUUUCAGAGAAAGAUUACGAUGGAGCCAAGAAAUUUGCUAACAAGGCUCAGAAUAUGUACCCGGAGCUUGAUGGCUUGAAACAAGUGUCGAUGAUGAUCGAUGUUUAUAUCUCUGCAGCAGUCAAGAUCAAUGGAGGAACAGAAUCUGAGUGGUACGGUGUUCUUGGUGUUGAUUCUAUGGCUGAUGAUGAAACAGUGAGGAGACAGUACAAGAAGUUAGCCCUUUUGCUUCAUCCGGACAAGAACAAGUUUAAUGGAGCGGAAGGCGCGUUUAAGCUGGUUUUACAUGCCUGGUCUCUGUUAUCUGACUGGGAUGAGAGAGUCCUCUAUGAUGAAAGGAGGAUGGGGAAGGAGAAGAAACCACCAACAAGUGCGAAGGCUAAGGAGGCGCCUGUGAAACCAUCAACUCAGUUUUGGACAAAGUGCACUGAAUGUAAGACACGAUGCGAAUAUUGGAGGGAUCCUUAUCUUAACAAGACCGUACUUUGUCCAAUGUGUGGUAAGACUUACAUUGCAACCGAGCAAAUUCCACGGGCAAAUGUUAGGCAAGCCCGCAGGGUUUACAAUGUACAGUAUGGAUUUUACAUAUAAGUCUUAACUGUUUGACUUUUUUUAAGAAGUCUAAUAAGAUGUUGAUUUUU